AUGUUGAGGGGAAGGCUCAAAUCACCAAUUCCGACGCAGACGAGCUUACGCGGGGGGACAGGACUGGUGAAAGGCCAUGUGACAGCCGAUCGCUCGCACCACCAACCACAUGACCCAGCUCACUCCUCCUGGCUCGCCCCUCCCAGUCCACCUCUUCUCAAGAAAUUACUUCCUCAAGCAUCAGUUCCCAACCAAUACGAAGCAUCGGCACUCAACAACCUCGCUCGACCCUUCGGAGAAUCAGCUGCUCAAAUCUCUUGGUCGUUCGUCCAAGGAUUCGGUAGUCCGAUGAGUUUCAAAUUCGGCGCCUUCUCUGGCUCUUCCGCAGGUGGAAAUCCCUCAUCGUCAAUCGGUGGAGGAGGUGGGCUCUACGCUGGUAUAUCUCUCGGUGGAUCGACCCCAGCCAAGAAAAACACGGAUGAGCCUGCCGAAAAGUCCACCGCCGACUCGGCUCAACCAGCAACGGCGGCAUUAGACCCAAGCAUAGAUAGCCCUAAUGUCGAUCAGGACGAGCGAUCGGCCAACACUGAUAACUCAAAGGACGAUACCAAGAAAGAUGACGAAAAGUCCAAAGCAUCAGCUUCUUCAUGGUCUUCUUCCCUUCGAUUCGCGCCGGUGAUCCGAAAACAACCUGCAAAGUCCACUACCAAGCCUUUCGCCGUACCGUUCUCUGCUACGGUUUCAGUCACCACCAAGUCCGGUCUCGCCGCUACUGCCUUUGCACCUGAUGACGAGCACGAGGUCGCACCAAGUAAUUCAACCAGUCGGACCAUGCACAUUCCUGGACGUGCCAAGGCGGCUCUCAACGCACCAGCACCAGCAGCUCAGACCUCAAAGGCCCCCAGUGUAUUUGCUCGCAAAGGUGGAUUUCUCGCUGCACAUGCCCCCGAGCGGAUUCCUGGAAGCUCCAACACUUCUGGCGCGUCCGCUGGUACUCUCAGCACAUCAACUGCCAUUGAGAAAGUUGACUCCAGUAUUCCAGGUUUCAAACACUCAUUUCCAGCGAUGCUUGCCCAAACAACAACAUUGAAAGGACUAGUGCCGUCCAAUAACUCUGGAAAUCCUAAUAAGCUCCUGAAAAAGAAACUGGAACAACCUCCUCCUCUCACCUUACCCGACGAUGAGUUUGGGACAGGUGGAGGUGGCGAUGUGAAUGGAUUCGCACAGUCAGAAGCCGGUCGAAAACUGGCCCUCAGGGCUGCUAGAAACUCCAAAAAAUCCAAGAAGAAGGGAAAAACCCGUGAAGUAGACCCCGCUAUCUUGUUCAUGGAGGAUUAUGAUCCGGCCCGACCUAAUGAUUACAAUGAGUGGAUGAAUUUUAUCAAGCGCCGGCGAGAAGAGAGACGCGAAGCCUUACGACUUGAACGCCAGCGUCAACAGCGGCAAGAACGUGAAGAAAUGUCUGAAAGUUCCUACUACAGCUCUGAUGAUGAUGGUAGCGGCAGUGAUGAUGCCAGAGCGGCCCCUCGAGGCAACUUUUUUGCACCUCCUGCAGAAUACCAUGAACCUAGCGCGAAGGAUGAGGAUAACCAACGACCUCCCUCUGCAGGACCACUCCCUUCCAUUGCACGCGCUGAAACUGGAGAUGAGGCUUACGCUCGUCGAGUAGCUUUGUCUCAAGGCAUUCCCCAUAACCCCCCACAGCAUGUAACAGGCACUGAAAUCAGCAUGGCCGAGUCGGCUACAUCGAUAGAGGCACCGCCAACCAGCGCUGCGCCAAUUGUAUCGGUUGCUGAUGCACAGGCUCGUGCAAAGUUGAUUGCGGAACGUCUCCAAAGAUUAAGAGACUCUAACAAUGAAGCAUCCGGUGGCUCCCCAGCAUCAGGCAACGAUACAUAUGAAAUUCCUUCAUUCGUACCGCCCCAACCAGCACCCCAUCCGCCCCCGACACUGUUAGAGGCCCAAGCUAAAGCCAAAGUGAUUGCAGCCAAGCUUGCAGCUCUCAACGGUAUGAAAUCUUCAACAUCCGGUACUGCUGGCGUGCCACACGCACUUCCGCAAUCCAACCAAGAAUCUGCCCCGUUGGGACCAACCACUGAGGCACCAAACAAGGCUCCUGGUCAGCCCGACUUCGCCCGGCGAUUGAUGGAUAAGUACGGUUGGAAAGAAGGACAAGGAUUAGGUGCCAAUGAAUCAGGUCGAACCAGCAUCUUGACGGUAGCAGCAGGUAGCUCAGGACCUGGUGGCAACAAGAAGCGCAAGGAGAAUCCUGGGGAUUCUGCCAUGGCAGGGCCCACGGGACCGCACAAAAUUGGAUCGAUGGCCAAGGGGAGAGGUGUGGUGAUUGAUGAUGCGAAAUCCCAGAGAGAUUUAGAGGAGAAGAUCCGGUAUGGGGAGCCGACCCGGAUCGUCUAUCUGACUAAUGUCGUAGCGGUUGAUGAGGUGGAUGAUGAAUUGGCAACAGAAAUAGCUGAAGAAGCAAGGAAACACGGAAUCGUCGAACGAUGUUUUGUUCGUAUUGUUCAACGAGAAGAUAUAGAUGAUCCCUCAGAGAAAGUGCGAGUGUUUAUCCUGUAUUCUGGACUUGUUGGAGCCUGGAAAGCAGUCAAAACGUUUGAUGGUCGAUUUUUUGGUGGACGAAAUAUUCGUGCCAGAUUCUUUUCGGAGAAUUCUUUCACCUUAGGUGAUUGGGACGCUUGAUUGUCUGUUGAUACAAAGGCUAUUUUCUUUUCCUUUUUUUUAAUAUUCAUUGUCGGUGAAAAGCAAUAUCAUGCGAGUUGUUUUUUUUGUCCGGAUACCCUAUCUCCAUUCUCAUAUGUAGAUAACACCCUUUUUGCAAUUGUGAUGCCAAUGUGGCGAGACUGAAUUAAAACAAACUUCAUUUUCC